AUGCUGGAAUUCCACGGAACCACCAUAUCGACACCUCAGCUGCUCGGCGGCCUUCUUCUCCUCUAUAUUGGCUACACAAUCAUCGCCAGGUUUUCCUACAAUGCAAAGCUUCGCAAGCUUGGAGCACGAGCGCCAGUCCGAAGGACAUGGCUCCCGAUGCAACUUGACCUGGCCUACAUUAUCAUCAAAUCCGCUCUCGAUGAUAACAUCUAUGAAUUCUGGUUGAACACAUUUCAAAGAUACGGUCGCAACGGCUGCUACACGGUCGAGAGUGGCAUAGGCGAGCGGGUAAUAAUGACGGCUGAUCCAGAAAACAUCAAAGCAAUUCUGGCCACUCAGUUCAAAGAUUACGGCAAGGGCGAGCAGUUCCACAAGGACUUUGAAGAUUUUCUGGGAGAUGGCAUAUUCAACACUGAUGGACAGCUCUGGCACGACUCGCGACAAUUGAUUCGUCCACAAUUCAUCAAAGACAGGCUAAGCGAUAUCGACAUCUUCGAAGAGCAUGUGCAGAAGCUGAUGAUCAAACUGGGUCAGGGAGAGGUGGACAUGAUGGACAUGUUCUUUCGAUUUACCCUUGAUGCCGCCACUCACUUCUUGCUUGGGAACGACAUCGGAAGUCUAGAUCAGCCCCAGACAGCUUUUGCUAAUGCCUUCACUCGCGUCCAACACAUCCAGAGCUUGAUAUCAAAGAUUGGUCCGUUGAACAAGUUCAUACCCCGCAAGCGCAUGGGUUUUUAUUCCUCACUCAACAUCCUGGACAACUUUGUCAACAUGUACAUCGAGAAAGCCCUCGCUCUCUCUCCCACUGAGCUCGAGGAGAAGAGCAAGCAUGACUCUGGUUAUACGUUUCUGCAUGCGAUUGCAGGGUACACACGUGACAGGAAGACGUUGCGCGACCAGCUAGUUUCUAUCCUGCUUGCCGGUCGGGAUACUACGGCGUGUACGCUGACAUGGGUCGUCUACGAGUUGUCUCGCCAGCCUCACAUAAUUGCAAAGUUGCGCCAGGAGAUCAUCGACCAUGUCGGCCUGGAGCGGCAGCCAUCCUACCAGAAUCUGAAAGAUAUGAAAUACCUCGGGCACAUCAUAAACGAAGCCCUACGUCUUUACCCAGUCGUUCCGUACAACGUUCGCGUUGCACUUCACGACACUACACUGCCCGUUGGUGGAGGGCCCGACGGCACGCAGCCUAUCGCCAUUAUGAAGAAUACGCCUAUUGGCUACUCGACACUUGUCAUGCAGCGUCGCCCUGAUCUCUAUCCACCUCCGGAGACGGGCUUUCCCGCCCCUGAGAAAUUCUGCCCUGAGCGAUGGGACAAUUGGACCCCGAAGAGCUGGACCUAUGUGCCGUUCAACGGUGGACCGAGGAUCUGCAUUGGCCAACAGUUUGCGCUCACAGAGAUGGGAUAUACGAUUGUGAGAUUGUUUCAAAGGUUCGAGACGGUGGAAAACCGGAUGGGAGGUCAACUCGCAGGCAUGCACGCGGACAUCGUCUUGCAGCCAGCGAAGGAAAUCAAGGUACUAUUCAAGUAG